CCGACACAGUACGUCCGCCGUUAGCUCGCGUCACACAGCGUGAUAUGGAUGUAUUAUUGAUUAUUACCUACGUCUUCAUUAUUCAACUGUCUUCGGUUAUAGAAGUAUCAGGUUCUAAUAGAAAGGUUUACAAGCUAGUAAACGAGGCUCGGACGUGGUCGGAGGCACAGAAAUUCUGCGAAGCACAGGGGGGAGAUCUGGGAGUUGUCACCGACUUUUACUCUAGUCCAGGGCGUUACCUCGCGCAUGCUCUCGAGUCUACUCCUGACCUAAAGGCGUGGGUUGCCGGGAAAGGACACGAUGAAGAUUGGGAUUGGUACGAUAAGCAAAGAAAGCAAGCUGGAUCAAUCACUCCAGUGUCAAAGUUGAUAUCAUAUAGAGGCUGCGUUAAACCAGAAUUCAUUAUGGGUGGAGCGCCCAUGCACACCAAUAACGCAGAAGAUUGUUUUAAUACAUGUGAGUGGAAAGGAGUUAUUGCCUUAAAGAGCUGGUAUUGUAUCUGUGAGUGGCAGCUCCGAAACAUCACGGUGACCGACGCCGACUUCUGUGAUAUCAUGUGUCCCGGACGAGAGGGCGAAAGAUGUGGGGGCAUCUACGGAGUUUCUCUUUACCAAAUGAACUCACGUGCAGUACUUUGGGGAGAGGGCGAACCCUUAUCAGCUCGUGGAUGUGUGUACGUAAACAGACCAUACGAGGAUAAGCCCUGGAGCUGGCACGCCUCACACUGUCAUAUGAUUAGGCGCUUCCUCUGCAGAUACAACGACCACCACAUCUGCGGUGUAUACCCAUCUUGUGUUCGGCCCUCCACAAAACCUGCCACGUGGGAGGACGCAGUAAACCAAUGUCUCCGUAACAACGGCACGAUAGCAACAGUUGACGUUACACAUAUGCACGAGAUUGACGACAUCAUUACCAUUCCACCCGGACAGUUCUGGGUCGGACUAAGUAAACAAGAAAGCUGGAAAUGGACCAACGGGGUAACUAUUCCGGCUACGUAUUUCCAUGGCGACCGCUAUGACAAAUGCACCAGCGACACAUGUGUGCUACUACAAAAGAAAGGCGACCUCAAGCUUGCAGGUGACUUGUGUGACAACAGGAGGCCGUUUAUAUGUCAAUUCUAUUUGGAACACCAUUCACCGGUCAAAGAUCCACCUUUUGACCAGAAGGACGACCCUUCAAUCAUAGUUAAAAGUCAGGAAAACAAUAACUCGACUGGGUACCCCGACGGUGAAUCCAGGGAGGAGAUGUACAAAUCUGUGAUGUACAUGGCGAUCGGGGUAGCGUCGGGGAUGGCUUUCGUCUUCUCCAUAUGUGUUAUAGCCUAUGUCGCUAGACGAUGCAGACAGCGGUCAAAAUGGAAAGCGAGGGGAGGAUUUCGACAUCGGCGGGUCAACAAUAAUGGCGGUGGGUCUGUAAGUGAAUCAACCAAAUCAGUACCUCACACACAGGAAACUGAACUUCUUUACGACAUUCCAUGUGACUCCCAACCGUCUGAAUCGCCUUUUCGGCGAACACAGCGAGUCCUCCGCCAAGAGUCGUUAAGGGAAACGCCAUAUACACACUCCCGGCGGGGAUCAGAUGGGUACCGCAGUUUGUCAUGGAAACGAGUCCCCAGUGGCUCUAAAAAGGAAAAGGACAACAAAGACCGGGAACGUCAGUUCAAUCGGCCCGAGAUACGAUCGGUAUACACCGGACCAGAAACCGAGAGGACCUUCAUGGACGCCAGCUACAUGACCCACCAGGUACAGGCCCAAUGUCACGACGACCACCAGGCACCACGCAGCGAGUACGUAGACAUCGAAACCACAGCCAGACAGCGCACUCGCAGGUUCUCCGACCUGGAAAACGACGAUGCCAUCAGAUUGGCCGACACAUAUAGUCAACCUGGUCGAAAUAGGAGGCCAAGCGACAAUAUUUUACCCAUGGACACCAGUGAUCUGUAUGCUUGUGUACAUAAAGUCAUGUCAAACCUCGAAGAUGAUAGGUUUAACAGAAUACCUAAAUAAUCUGAUGUUGGUGUUACAUUUAGCUGGAUCCAAUCGGCGUCAUUUGGUACAGAUGACGGUUUUUGUAAACCUACGUCAAUGGGAGAUAACCCAACGCAUAAUUUCAAAAAUACAAAUAUUUAUUGAAAUUCACAUUGCCUAUGUUCACAACUUAGUACACAUCCACCAAACAUACAAUAUAAGUACAUGUACAUGCAAUUAUAAGCAUGAAUAAUUAUUAAUAAAAGAAAAUCGCUAAGCAAGAACUGAUUAUAAGGUGGCGUGUAGCACGCCACCUAGCGUACACAGAUAGCUAAGGUUAU